GCGAGUUAGCCGAGUCUUUUUUUGUUGUUUAUAAAUUUAAUGAAUUGUGAAUAAUGUAUUAACUAUCGAAUAAAAUAAUAGCAUUAAGCACAUAACUGUGAAAUGGCAGAAGCCCGAUCAACUGGUGGUUACAACUACAAGACACUACUAUGCACCAAUAUACCGGAACUGUUCCUUGACAAGUUUGUGGCACGCACACAUUUCGGCCGCUUUGGCACGCUGGUGAACUUCGUGCUGCGUCCGCGACGAAUGACCUGUACAGUGAGCUACGCCAGCGAGUCGGAGGCGGCCAAGGCGCUGGAGGAGGGCAACGUCUACAAUGGCCAUGAGUUUGAGAUGUGCUAUGCGGAGAAUGAGAGCGCCCUUGCCCAGAAGACUGAGGAAUGGGUGGAUCCCGAUGUGCAGGCCGAGCUGAGUGCCCUAAGCGCCGUUGGCUGGCGCAGCGAGUAUCCAGCCAGCAAAGCAUUUGCGGGAGCAAUCAAAUCGGCAACCACAAUCAAAGCAAACGUAGCUGAAAAGGAUAAGGAGCGUGAACGGGAGAGGGAACGGGAGAGGGAGAGAGAACGAGAACGUGAUCGACAGCGUGCUCCUGCUCAAUUCAAGGCGGCGAAACAGGAGCUGGAGACUAUACUGCGCAAAGCGGCGCACAGCAGCGAGGAAAAGUAUCGCGUGUUGGAUGCACGCGAUAAACUGAUGCGUCUUAAGCAACGUCGUGGCACGGCGGACACUCAACGCUUGCGGGGCCACUGCCCGGACAUGUGUCCAGAGAAGGAGCGUGUGCUGCGCGAGUUUCAGCGUCAGGUGGCCAUCUAUGAGCUGCAAUCGGACUCAGAUCAACUCAUCUGCCAUGAGCUGGCACUGAAGCAGUAUUCACGCAGCAGUGCGGAUCAGGAGACGCCGCUGCCACACGAGCUGCGCGAUGAGGCAGCACUGCAUAUGACCAUGAGCUAUCUGAUGCACGAGAUAAUGGAUAUUAGCGAGCAGACGGAUUCACAUUUGGGCGAUUGGUUUCAUUUCGUUUGGGAUCGCACACGUUCCAUACGCAAGGAGAUAACACAACAGGAGCUCUGCUCCUUGGGCGCGGUCAAGCUUGUGGAGCAAUGUGCUCGCUUUCACAUACAUUGUGCCGCCCGUCUGGUGGCCGAGGAUCCCAGCGUCUUCGAUACCAAAAUUAAUGCCGAGAAUUUAACGAAAUGCUUGCAAACCCUUAAGUACAUGUAUCAUGAUCUGCGACUUAAGGGCGUCCAGUGUCCGCGCGAAGCUGAAUUCCGUGGUUACAUUGUGCUGCUCAAUUUGGCGGAUGCCAACUUUCUCUGGGACAUUGGCCAGUUGCCCGUGGAGCUACAAAAUUGCCCCGAAAUCCGUCGGGCCAUUCAAUUCUAUUUGGCACUGCAGGAUACAAAUUUUGUGCGCUUCUUUCAAUUGUUGCGCGAACCGGAGACAAGUUAUCUGGAGGCCUGCAUACUGGUUACUUACUUCACCCGCCUGCGUAUUCUCGGCCUGCAACGUUUACUCUCCGCCUAUCGAGCGCCACGCAAAUACGAAUACUCCUCGCUGCCCGUCAGCUACAUCCGCCAAAUGCUCGUCUUUCCCAAUGACACCGAGGCUGAUGAGUUUCUCGAAAGCUGUGACCUCAAUGUGAAUGAGUCGGGCCGAGUGUUUUACACAUCCAUCAGGAUACAUCCGCCGGAGCAUUACAAGCUGCACAGGCAAAUCGAUCUGGUGGAAUCGAAGCGGCAGCAGAGUGUUGGCGAAUGCAUCUGUGGCGAAUCAUUGCCGCCAAAGUCACUCUAUCAGAAUCAUCGUCCGCACAACAGUUUCAAUGAGCAGGGUUAUCUCAAGAUUAGCGCCUGGACGGCCAAGGAUCAGUUGCCCAACAGCGUUGAGGUGGAGGAUGAGCCAGCAGCGGAUACCCUUAUAACGACAGCAGCAACAACAACAACAACAACAGCCGCACAGUCAAACACCAAGGAUAAUAAUCUGUUUAAGGUGCCGCUUUUCUCGGCACCCAUAUCACCCAAGAUGAAAUCGACAACUCCACCGCCAUCAUCACAACCACAACAAGCGGCAACAGUGGUGGGCAAAGGAUUCAGCUUCGGUGCGUCUAUGCUGCAAGAGACAACAUCCGCAUUCAGUGGCAACAUAUUUGAGACGAAGCCAACAAGCAACAACAAUGUGGCCGGUGGCUUUAGUUUUGCAACAACAGCAGCAGGAGCAGGAGCAUCAAAGCCACCGGCAAUGUUCGCAUUGGCGGAUCAGCAGCGCCAGCAGAAGGCGGCCGACGAGGCCAAAUUGGCUGCACUGCAACAGGCGAUUGCAGCGGCCAAGCAGCGUGAAAUGGAGCUGAUCGAGUUGCAAAAGGCCAAAGCGGCACAGAUAGAACGUGCACGUCAAGAGCGUCAGCGGGAGCAGCAGCAGCAGCAACAGCAGCAGAAACAACAGCAACAACAACAACAACUGUUGGCCAAACAGGAGCAACAACGUCAACAGCAGGCGGCGGCGGCAGCAGCAGCAGCUGCGGCGUCGGCAGCGGCAGAAGCGAAACGUCAGAGCUUGCAACGUUUGGAGGCAGCACGUGAGGCUAAGUGCGAGCAACUGUGGCAGGACUUGAUUAAUGAGCAACUUCAAAGUAUUUGUGUGCAGGAAUUGCAAUUGCAUCGCAGCUCUCUCAGUCUGUACAAAUCGCUAUUGGACGAGGAGAUUGAGGAUUUGGUCAGUCGUCAAUUGUUGCAGGCCGACUACGAGCUGGGCUUAAUGCGUCACUAUUGGCGACGCUGGCGCAGCUAUCGACGUGUCCAGCAGCAGAAGGAUGCGCUAUUUGCCUGCCUACCGCUGAGCUUUGGCGGCGAGUCCAGCAAUCAGCUGCUGGACAUGAAGACAGCGGAGCAACCGUUGCGCAUGGUACGGCGAUAUCGUCAGGGAGAUCCUUGCGAUUAUCGCCAGCUGCUGACGGGCAUGGAGGAGCAGUGCUGGCUCAAGCUCGAUCUUUGGGAGCUGCUGGCCAAGUCGCUGCAGCAGCAGCAGCAACAACAACAACAACAAACGAUGCCAGACGCUCGACGAUAUUUCAAGCUGUUGCUCUCGCUGCCCGAGGGCAACAUGGGACACGUCAUGGAGCAUGCACUGGACCGUGGACUGCUGCAGCAGCCAUUGCAAAUGGAAGCGAAAAGAUCAAAGGCUGAAGGCUACAUCAACGGACUGUCCCAGGGCGUGGCAUUGUGUGUGCACAAGCUGAAGGGAUUGCCGGAUGGGCAGCAGAAGAGACAACUGGCGAAUGCAGACGGCAUUGUUUGCUAUGUGGAUGCCGAGCAGUUGCAGGAGACGCGUCAGCGUCUGCAAUUCCUCAGUCGCAACAGCAACUGUGGCUAUGUGGCACUCAUUGUGCAACAGCGUCUGACACCGCAGCAGCAGGUGCAACUGCAGCAUCUGCUGCAAUUGGAGCACAUUCGCACAUAUCGCAUAUUCAACUGCCGGGCAGUGUCGCAGGGCAAACAGAAGCUCCAGCUGGUGGCAUUGCUCCAAUGUGCUGUACAAUAUCUGGCCAAGCAACCGCAUCGCAGUCGUGGCCUAUUGCAGCAGUCGGAUUUGCGGGAUUGGCUGUUGCUUCACCUGGGUGACGAGCUGUUCCAGCGUCUGCGACAUGCUGUGCUGCAGGAUGUGGCCAUUGGACGACGCUGUCGCCAGUCGCCGCACUUCUGUGCCCAGCUCUACAAUGAGGCAGUGCGUCGCCUGCAGCUGGUGGCUGGCGAACCUCUCGACGAUCGUCCACAAUUCCCUCACGAGCUGCGUGCUUAUGUGGAGCCAGUAUCUUCGCAAGUGUCGCUGACAAAUCGCUUGGAAUACUUUGUUGAUGGUUGGCAGCUGCGAGAGAAUCGUCAAAGGAUUGUCCAGAUGCUGGAGCAGAUCAAGUUGCCAGCCAUGUUGCCACUGCCGGCGGCGCUUGGUAAUGUUCAUGAUCAUGAUCGUGAUUAUCAGCAACAUGAGUUUUGCGAGUGGCUGUUGAACUACGCGCAAAAAAGUCAAGAUGAGACACUUAUCGAAACGGUUGCACUGCGAGCUAUACAAACGCUGGAGCUGCAGAUGCGAACGGGCGAGAUUAACUAUCUGGACAUGGUCGAGAUCUUUGCCAAGGAGCGUCUACAGUUCAUGCUGCAUCACAUUUCAGAUGCUGUGCCCACUGCCAUUGUCUACAGACGCCACACCAUGCACAGAUGCUACGAAACACAUUGGUAUUACGAGUGGCAGCCACCAGAUGAGGCGGCAAUCGAACCAGCAAACGAAGCAACCAUAGAUGAAUAUCAAAAUGAAGAUGAAAAUGAAGUGGAACAACAGCUGGAGCAGGUGCUCAGCUUUGACCAAGUGUUGAGUCAUGCCCAGGCCGUGCUCGACAAGUGCCAGGAUGAGCGGCAGGAACGAAACACAUUACACGAUCGUAAUGGGCAGCUGGACAAACUGGAGCGCACUAUGGAACGUUUCGAUCGCACUUUUGUCAAUGCCAUGCAAGAGGAUCACAUCCAACAACAACAACAACAACCACAACCACAACAGUCGACACCACAACAACCACAACGAGAACGAGAACAUCAAGUUGAAAAUCUGCCAGCCACAAAACGACAACGUCUCAGUUCAACGAUGGAUGAGUGCAAAGCUUUGCUGGAUCGCACGGAGCAUCUGCUCAACAUCAAUCAAACGAGCGCCGAGCGACGCCUUCAAAUCCUGCAACGUGCCAAGAAAUUUUUAUAAGUCCAUCACACAAAUUGCCAAUUAUUGUAUUUAAUCGUUAACUAUCAUUUUCUCAUGUAGUCAAUUUGCAAUUAAAUUAUAAAACAAGCCAGACAUUUUGGUACUCUCCAUA